AUGCUAGUAGCAUUUUUAUUUUUGAUACUGAAUGCAGCCUUGUUAAUAUGGUCUUUACAGCCAUUACCAUAUAUUUACCAUCACUUAAAAAAAGGGUAUCAUAUUAACAGUUACAUAAUAAUGGACAUAACUAACUUUUCUUCUUCAUCUUCUGCUGAUAUCUGGAAGUUCCUCGGUACGCUAGGUAUUGGGAAAUCGCAACAUUUAGACCUAUCUAAUUCUAUAAACCUUAACGAUCUCAAUCGCCAUACUGCUACUUAUCAAAAAUUGGAUCGUUUAUUUGCAGCAUGCACCGUUGCUUCUAUAAAUGGUUUAACGCACCCUAAUGUUGACGCUUUCUAUUUUUCACCAGUGAAAUCAGCAGAGAUCAAAAAGGGAAUAAAAAGAAGACACACGAAGCCAAAUCAGGACUGUAAGGAGGGCUUCCAAAGACUCUGACUGGUGUGGAGUCCAAGAAAUCCUUCGUUUUGAUCGCAGUGUGCGCGGGCGCGUUGUCGUGGUUUAGAAGGACUCCGUGGAGCCCGGUGUUAGGUCGCCUGUUGCGAAUUGCAGAAAAAAUUCUGGCAGGCAUUUUGUGCUAUACCAUUCGGCGUUGA